AUGUUUUAUCAUGUUGUAAUUUGUUAUCAGUUGCUGAUAGCUCAGUGGUGUAUUCGUAUUAUUAGAUGUGUAAUUAAUGUAUUUACAGAGUACGAUUUAAAAAAAUGUGUUUGGUUUGCUUACUUUAAGAAACAAUCAAGUAUUACAGCAAUUAGAUAUUUGAGUUUUGAAUAUUUUAAAACAACCAUUUACUCUUGUUCUACAUCAUUACUAAUUUUGCACUGCAUCAUAAUGGUAAAAUGCAUAAAAAAUCUUAUUGUUCUUGCAGUACUAAACAAAAUAUUACAUUUUCAAAACACUUUAUUAGCUGAAACUCUGUACAUAAUAACAUUAUUAGUUUCAUCUGAAUUUAAAGAUGUUAAGAGUCUUUGGUGGUUCUGGAGGAAACUACUGAAAAGCUGUUGGACAGAUAAAAGAACAAAUAAAUCCACAUUAGAAGAAGUGAAGCCUGAAUGCUCAUUAGCAGUCAGAGACCUCGAACAAAAACUCUUGUUCUUUGGUCGUAUUGCAGCAAGAUUGGGUUUCUUGGAGAAAGACAUGAUGUUAGGAAUAAUG